AACCUUCCUUGUCUAUAGUUUACUAUUUUUUCCUACAGUUUUGUACCAGUUGGAUUAUAAAUAAAAUUGAAUUAUGACUUUGGAAACCAUCCCCAAGGAUCUGAAAGGGUUGAGGGCGUGUCUGGUGUGUUCCUUAAUUAAGUCGUUAGAUCAGUUCGAGUACGAAGGCUGCGACAAUUGCGACGAAUUCCUUCGAAUGAAGAAUAAUAAAGACAACGUAUACGACUGCACUAGCGCGAAUUUCGACGGAAUGAUAUCGAUGAUGAGCCCGGAGGACAGCUGGGUGGCCAAAUGGCAGAGGAUCAAUCGGUUCUGCAAGGGCGUGUACGCCAUAUCAGUGUCAGGUCGACUACCGAACGGCGUUAUAAGGGAAAUGAAAAGUAGGGGCAUCGUUUACAAACCGAGGGACACCAGCCAAAGGUAGAUCCUAUGGCGCACAUUUUCGU